UUCGUGUACAGUGGCGCGUUGGUCAGCGACGACCGCCAACAAAUUCUAGAAGUUUACGCGGCUACUUACUUUAUUUAUAAACAAGGCUUACAUUAUGGCUUCCUGGUAUCGCAGUUUCUCAAAUGGAUGAGCAGGCUCCUACUACUUUAUUUCUUGAUUUAUUUCUAUUCUUUUGGACUUUUGUGUCCGGUUCCCCACAUCUUCAUUCACGUUUCUACGACCUUUAGGUUGCGAAUCGAGUUGUAAAAUGGCGGAAAUAGAUCCUUUAGUUUUUUCAUUUUCGCAUCUGGCGAAAUUUCCACGAGAAGCUGAAGCUUUACAAAUCCUUAAAAAGGUGGCUUCCCUGGUGAAGCCUAUGAUGAGGGCAAGAGGAUGGAAAGUUGGACAAUUGACCGAAUUCUACCCCGAACAACACAACCUCCUAGGCCUAAAUAUAGGGCGUGGGCAGAGAAUAUGCCUUCGACUUCGGUAUCAUAGCGAUUGCAACCAAUUCGUCCCCAUCGAACAAGUAAUUGAUACAAUGCUUCACGAACUCGCACAUAACGUUCACGGACCUCACGACGAAAAGUUUCACGCGCUAUGGAAUCAAUUGCGCGAAGAACACGAGUCGCUUAUAAUGAAAGGAUAUACGGGUGAAGGGUUCUUGUCAGCAGGUCAUCGACUCGGCGGCAGGAAGAUACCUAUGGAUGAAGCUCGUAGGCUGGCCCGAGCCUCCGCGGAGAAGCGUCGUACACUUAACACAGGCUCCGGUCAAAGACUGGGUGGUGCAGCUCCCGGACCAAGUCAGGAUAUUAGAAGGGUUAUUGUUGGCGCAGUCGAACGUCGUAAUAAUUCUCUUCGAGGCUGCGCAAACGACAACCGACCGCAAAACGAGAUACAACAAAUUGCUGAUACAGCAACUAAAAAUGGGUUUAGAACACAAGCCGAGGAGGACGCUGCAAACGACGCUGCGAUAGCUCAGGCUCUGUGGGAACUUGUCCAAGAAGAAGAGAUGGCCAAGAAAGGCAAAAAUUACGUUCCUCCCAGCUCUAGCAUCCAAACUUGGGAUCAUGGCGGCGGCUCUUCUUCCAACUCAGCGCCAGGACCAUCCAGACCGUCUGGCCAAUCACGUAAACCCGAGAAAAGUGUAAAUAGAGGGGAUGGACGAUCUACAUGGACGUGCGAUAUCUGUACCCUUGUGAAUCCAACUAGUUUCCUAUGUUGCGACGCUUGUGGUACGGAACGGGGCGAGAAAAUUACCCAAAACCUCGCCGGGAGAUCGACAAAGGGAAGACCAACGGUUAUUGAUCUUACCCAGUCCCCAUCGGCGAAUAAGCGAAAUGCUUCAACGUCAAAAUCAACCUCGAGACCAAUCGCAGGUCCAGCCAUACCUCAUUCUACAAAGCCACCCGCACCAACAUGGACAUGCUCGUUCUGUGGACGAGUUCGGGAUAAACAGUGGUGGUCCUGCGAUUUAUGCGGGACUGUUAAGCAUAAGUCGUAACAUUAGAAAUGAUGGUUUAGAUUGCGAUAUUCACGAAUUUGCUGGAUACCCUUUUGGAUUUUGGUGAUACCUAUACGCGACGCGUUUAUGGAAGCUUUGUCGGUUGGCUACUUGUCUAUAUGCUAGCUAACUACCCAGCUACCCAGGUAUCUAUACCUACACAUACGUAGUCUAGAUAUUUUGAAUAUACGGAUGCAUCUGUGACAAACUGUUAUUAACGGAUGACAUCAUAUUUCUACUUCA